AUGGGAUCAUCUGCAGAGAACGCCCAGCAGGUGCACUACGUAAAGCCCGAAGAUCACCAGAAAUUUGUUCAAGAUGUGCUGUGCGCCAACGGAGUUCCUCGCGAGAAUGCAAUCAUCAUAUCCAAUUGUCUGUUACAGGCUGACCUGCGCGGCGUCGACACUCACGGGGCCAACCGCAUUCCCUCAUACAUCGAACGAAUUCGCCACAAGAUUCUGGAUCCGGCCGCAACGCCGACGCUGAGCCAAGUUACUCCGGUCGUCGCCUCAGUGGAUGCGCAAAACGGGUUUGGGUUCAUCGCGGCGCACAUGGCCAUGAAACGUGCCAUCGAAAUGGCCCAGGAGUAUGGUAUUGGCAUGGUCUCCGUCAAACAUUCGAACCAUUACGGCAUGGCGGCCUGGAUGGUGCAACAAGCUGUCGACGCCAAUAUGAUGUCGCUCGUGUUUACCAACUCUUCUGCCGCUCAACCCGUGUGGGGAGGGAAGACCAAGAGGAUGGGCGUGUCGCCGUUGGCAUGCGGCGCCCCUGGAGGCACCGAGGGGCGCCCUUUUAUUCUCGACAUGGCGCCAUCAGUUGCGGCCCGCGGCAAAGUGUACAAAGCACUCCGACGUAACGAGAAGAUCCCCUUGGACUGGGCACUAGACAAGGACGGAAAGCCCACGGACGACCCGGCCAAAGCCCUAGAGGGAGUCAUGCUUCCUAUGGGCGGUCCCAAGGGCUCUGCUCUUUCUAUCAUGAUGGACGUAUUUUCAGGUGUCUUAUCUGGGUCUGCAUAUGCGGGUCACGUCGGGGGGCCGUAUGACUUCAGUAAGCCUGCAGACGUCGGCCAUUUUCUAGUGGCUAUCAAACCGGAUUUGUUCAUGAGCCUCGACGACUUUCGGGCUAGAAUGGAAUAUCUCUACCAGAGGGUGGUGACCAGCGAGAAGAUGGCCGGAGUGGAUAGGAUCUAUUUCCCGGGUGAGAUUGAGCUGCUGAACAAAGAGAAGCGAUUGAAGGAGGGUAUCCCGUUCACAGACACAGAGAUCAACAACAUGAAUAAGGAGGCGGAGAUUGCUGGCGUGGAAAAGUUGAAGUAUACCUAG